UUCUUCUUCUCCUCCUCCUGCGCGGGUCUUCCUCCUCCUCCUCCUCCUCCUCCUUCUUCCCUCCAGCAUGACUCGAGUGCUAUCCUGGAGGGCGGCGGCCAUCUUUGUUGUUUUGGUCGUGACGUCAUCAGCGCGGGCCCAGCUGACACAACAACAAACACAACAACAACAGCUGAAUGCAAUAGAAGGAAACAACAACAACAACAACAACCUUCUCGACAAUCAGCUGUUAGAGGAGAAUGGCGGGAAGGAGAAGAAGGCGGUUGUUUGCUAUUACGCCUCCUGGGCCUACUAUAAGAAAGGGCCGGCCAAGUACACACUGGACGACACACCGGUGCACAUGUGUACGCAUCUCGUGUACGCAUUUGCUGUUCUCGAUCCGGACACGUUCACGACCGUUCAGCACGACCCUUGGCUGGACGAUCAACUCGGCCACUAUGACGACUUUGUGAAGCUGAAGGAGAAGAACAGUGACCUUAAGGUUCUGCUGGGUCUGGGCGGCUGGGUGGACUCCCGCAAGGAACUCAAGUACUCGAGGUUGGUGAGUGACGCGGGUCGGCGGCGGGCCUUCGUCAGACACAUCGUGGACCUCCUCCUGCGAUAUGGAUUUGACGGAUUGGACCUCGACUGGGAGUUUCCGGGUUGGGAGGGCGAGCCAGGCGACAAGGAAGGCUUCACCGCGUGGGUACAAGAGCUCAAGGCAGCGUUUAAACCUCACGGCCUUCUGUUAACCAGCUCCGUCAGUGCGGGACUAGAGACCAUUGACAGGGGCUACGAUAUCCCUGCAAUAGCCCCUCACCUCGACCUGAUUCUUCUAAUGAGCUACGAUUUCCACGGGGUCUGGGAGAUGGCCACAGCGCACCCCUCCCCCCUCGCCCCCCAGCCUGGCCGCCCCCCGCAGUUCAACGUGAUGGCCGCCGUGGACCACCUACUGAUGAGGGGUGCGGAUCCCAAACAGGUCGUGUUGGGCAUCCCCUUCUACGGCGUGUCCUGGACCUUGGCGGGGCCGGGGGGCGCUGAUCCCGGAGCCCCGGCGGCCAGGGCGGGUCGCGCGGGGCCAUACUACGAGACGGAGGGCAAGAUGGCUUACUACGAAGUGUGUCUAGCCAAACAGCAGGGUGGUUGGCGUGACGUGCGUGGCCUGGGGGGGUCGUACAUGGUAAAGGACGACCAGUGGGUAGCGUACGAUGACAUCCAGACCCUCAAGGAAAAGGCAGAGUACGUGAAGCAGCGAGGCCUUGGCGGGGUCAUGAUCUGGGACAUCACCACGGAUGACUUCGGAAACAACUGCGGUGAGGGACACAACCCGCUCCUCACCGCCGUUACCACCACUCUGGGCGACACCGCACCACCACCACCACCUCCACCACCUCCUUCUGCCCCCCCUGCACCCCCCACGCCCCCUCCCAGGUCCGUGGAUAUCCAGAGAAUCGACCAAAUUGAGGAUAACGUCAUCCGAUUCAAUGCCUCAAGAUCUGUCCCACAAUCCCGAUGUCUCGUGAGGUUUGAUGGCACCCGGAUCUGCCCUGAGGAUAUCCUGACCCCUUCCGGCACUCCCAGGCCCUCCGUGGUGCAGGUCAGGGGUCAAACUCCCACCAGGAGGCCCUCUGACACCCGCUACGCUUGGCAAGAUUGGCCAAUAUUUAGUAGAACAACCACCACCACCAUCUCACCUGAAGCUACCACAACCCGGACAACCAAACCGCGACAACAAGAUAAGCCAUUUAUAUUUUCUCCUCCUCCUCCUCCUCCUCCUCCGGUUACCCUUCCCCCACGUGGUCUUCCUCCUCCUCCUCCUCCUCCUCCUGUUACAUUCUCCCCCCGGGCUCUUCCUCCUCCUCCUCCUCCUCCUCCUCCUCCUUUCAUUCCCUUCAUCGCUCGACCACGCCCCACGCCAUCGCCCGCUUCGCUCAUAUGGUUCGAAGCAUGUCUCGGAAAGGGCUUUGCGAGUGACCCGGCUUCUUGUGGUAAUUUCUACAAGUGUACCAACAACUACGCCUACAGGUUUCAGUGUCCAGCGGGUCUGAUGUGGCGUCAAGACCCUGGGCUGUGUGACUGGGCCUGGAACGUGCAGUGUGACCUGACCUCCGCUCCCCCUGACCUCCAGCCCUUCCUGCCCCCCCUCUCGACCAGGUUCCAGUGACACACACACACACACACACACACACACACAGGAUCGACGUAGAGAAAGAGAGGAAGAGAAGGAAGGAAGGAAGAGAAAGGAAAGGAAAGAUGGAGUAGAAUUAUGGAAGAAGAAGAAGAAGAAAGAAGGAAGGAAGGACGGAAGAAGAAGAAGAGGAACAAGAAGGAAGGAAGGAAGGACGGAAGGAAGGAAGAAAGGAAGGAAAAGGAAAGAAAUGGAAGAGAAAAUACACAUACAUACAUACAUACAAAGAUAUAUAACACAGAAAAGCUCAAAAUAUGGUAUACAUUGCGAACUUAUCCUAACACACACACACACACACACACACACACACACAAACACACACACACACACACACAAGAAGCUCAACGGAUGGUCUCCUAUUUUUGUAACGCAGCCUAAGUAGUAUUUAAGUGAGAGUAGCCUCAGUAUUACCAAAUAAAAACAAUAAAAAGCUUCAAAAAAACACAA